CCGUGGUAGUGCAUGUUCAUCUGACCAAAUCUCGAAAUUUUGCAAAACGAUUCAAAACACAAAUUUAUGGCUGUGAAAAACGUCUUUUUAACAUAGAAUGAAGACUCGUAGAACUCAUUAUAGUGGAUAAGGAAGGUAAAUAAAUACCGUACUAGAUAAAUAUCCGUUUAAACUGUAAUUUUUACAGCUUAAAGUUGGGUUUAAACGUUUGAAAUAUGUCUAUAUGUGGGCAGAUGUAUGGUCAGAUAUGCAGGCAUAUUGGAAUCAACCGGCUAGCAAGCGUAGUACCUUUGACACUUUACAGAACUUUAAGCUCUAAUAUGAGAUUUAAUACGGGUGAAAAAAACUAUUACACAAUUUUAAAAGUGACUCCAAAUGCGACACAAGACGAGAUAAAGCAAGCAUAUUACAAACUUUCGAAACUCUAUCACCCAGAUACAAAUGAGUCUGAAAUGGCACAUGAUUAUUUUACCGCCAUUAACGAAGCUUAUAACGUACUGGGGAAUUUGUCAGACCGACGGAAAUACGAUCGGGGGUUAUCGAUAACUUAUAACCCUUCGCCAGCAGCAAAGCAAGCGAAUAAAGGACAACAGUCGCAACAUUUCCACGGCAAAAGGAUCGUCUAUGAUUUUGACGACUGGAUGAUUAAACAUAACCAGGAAGCAAUGAAACGACGGAAACGGAAUUCCGCCAUUAAAGAGCAGUUCGAUAAACGGCAUGUGACGAAUGAAAUGGACAUAUUUAAUCGGAAUAUCAUUAUUGCAGCCGUUUUGACGCUAAUUGGAUUGGUGGUAUUUAAUGGUAAAAAAGUCCAUUUGUGAAUUUUCUACAUCUUGGUAGGAAUGGGUCAUUCCAGAAAAGAUACACACCUCCCCCACAGAGAAAAUUUCUGCCAUCCGGAGAAGGACGGGGAAGAAAAUUUGUUUCUGAUAAUAAUGCAUUUAUUAGGACAUCCGAAGGAGGUAGCCCUGGGGGGUAACUUCCAAUUCCUUCUGUGGUGGAGGUAUGAUUGUUUUCUGAAAUGACCCAAUAGUACACAGAUAAUAUAUAUAUAUAUAUAUAUAUAUAUAUAUAUAUAUAUAUAUGUGAAAUAUAUUUUUCCAAAGUUUGCACCAAAUUAACAAAUUCAUGAAUAAUUUUGAAAUUUGUUUUAUAUUGGUUACAAUGAGAUGAACCUGCAACCCUUUUGGCCAGAAGGUAUUCAUUACAACGUAGGAGACAAUAGGGUCAUUUACACGAGCGAAAAUAAGCCGCAGUCUAAAUAAGCAGCAGCUUAAAUAAGUCGCGAACAACUCGUAUAAACAACGCGUAUUGCAAAUUGACUGUUUAUACGAGUCGUUCGUGACUUAUUUAACCCGCGGCUUAUUCAGGCUGCGGCUUAUUUUCGCUUGUAUAAAUGGCCCUAAUGAAUACACCCUAGAGUACAAUUAGUGGCUCAUACUCAAAGUUAUUCAGACCUGCAAAUAAUUAUAUUACUUGGAAGGACAAAUGUCUGGCCAAGCCAAAAAUUGGUAGGACAUCAAUUUUUUUUUGAAAAUUAGCACGAUCUAUUUUUUGCUUGCUCAUGUUAGUCCGUACUGCAAUGCAUCUAAAUUCUAAAACUUAGUAUAUAUCUACCAGUCCUAAUGCGUCAGUAAAUUAUAGUUCAGGUUAUACAUAACUUUAAUUUCUAUAUGUAUGAUGUACACGAAGGUGAUGCGGAUUUAUAAUUUUUACAGCUUAAUGCAGCAAGAAAUAGUGGAUAAGUGCUGUCUAUAAUGCUUUCUUGUUGGUUUCAUUAAUAAAAAAUUGUUAAAUAAACAAUUUUUUGAGAUUGGAGAUGUGAUGUCACAUGUCCGGUCAUAAAAUGCUUUGAUCGGACAAAACGUAAAAUUCAUGAGAAAACUCUCCAACUUGCCAACUCACAAAGCUUAGUUAUUUAAAGCUAGUGUAUCUUUUCUAUGCUUUUGUAGACUUUCUAAAGUAGAAAAACAGUAACUAGACUAAGUUAUCCAAAUUUGUGAAUUGAAUAGCAAAAAUAUAAACAAGCCAACAAUAGCCAAAUUUGUCUACUGCACCAUGAUUCCCCGUUGUUCUAUUCUAUGCUUUUGUAAACUAGAACAAUACACCAAUUUGGAAUCUCCACUGCGCAUCCAAAUGAAAUGAUGCGUUCUGUGCAAUCUCGUUCCCCGAUUUUGCGAUCCUCGGGAAGGAACAUGAGGCUCUGGGAUAAUCCGUUGUCGGAAGCCAGGAAUCCUGGCUAAGAUUGAACUAUGCAUUCCAUUUCAACAGCCAAUCAGAUUCCUCCCUGAAACGGAUAAUCCCAGAGCCUCGCGUUCCUUCCUGAGGAUCGCAGGCUCGGGGAACGAGAUUGCGUUCUGCGUCGCUAUAAAUUACAGUUGAACUAUAACAUGUAUGUAGCUGAGACUGGAACAAUACUUGCAUGUUAGAGUAAUUUUUUAUCUAGGCAAAGAACUUAUUAAAAUUAGUAAAAUUGCAAAAAUUUGGUUACGAAAUAUAAUUGUAAAAUACGGAAAAUAUAGCCUUGCGAAGUUUGAGCUGAAAAUAGUAACAAUUUAUAUACAGAAUUUGCAAAUUUUGCAAGAUUAUAUUUUUCAAGGUUCACGGCAACAUUUCGCAACCAAAUUUUGCAAUUUUACUAAUUUCAUUAUGUUCUUUUUAGCUGUGGUGUUUGAUUCCCUUCUCUUAGUUACCAGGGUUCCCAAUAGAGGCCGGCACCCGGCGAUUUUCGCCGUCUAUAGCGUAGACAAUCACCGGCUAUUUCUCCCGAUUAUAAAACAAAAUAUUUCCUUACCAAAGAAAUGUCAAAGGUUUCAAUACUUCUAAAUAUUUGGAUAUGACAAAAUCUACAAAACUACUCCAAAAAUGGCUGGAAUUUCCAUUUCAGAUGGUGUAAAUUUCAAAAAAUCUUCACGGGAAGACGUCCUCGAACCCUCCUCGGUGAGGUACCUUCGGCACCGCAUACCCGCUUACUUCUUUCGAAAAGCCUCCUACUCCAAAUUCUAUUGAGAACCCUGUUAGUCUAACAUCCAGGUGAUCUGACGGUGAGCAAAAGGACUGGGACUAGCAACAGAAUAGAAAUCCAGUUUCGUACUUUUAAUCACUUGUCAUGCCCUGAUUCUUUUGUGAAACUGUUUGAAGCUUUGUGUCUGUAUCUUACACAGGGAAAUGAAUGUCUGGGACAAAUUUGAGAUAGAAAUCUAAUACUGUUGAUGAGAUAUUGAAUAUAAAUGUUAAACAAGAAAUGGAUUUCUAUUUUACAACUUGUGCCAGGCCUGUUCCGCGAGAUCAAAUGGAUGCAAGUUGUCUACUGUUCGAUCAUUAUUUAUCUUUCUCUUAUAGCCCCACUAGACUGCGAGCAGUCCCUCCUUUCCGCGGGUUUAUUAGCUUCCCAGGCGUGCCAGGGGAAAGGAGGGACUGCCGAAAACACAUCGAGAAGCGAAAUACGUCCACUUUUCGCUCUUGUCAAGUUGGGUCCGCCUUUGCAUAAACAUUACUUAUAUCCUAUGUUUGCGAUGUUACUCUGAGUGCAUAUCCACACCGGACGAGCUUGAAAAAUAUGCCCGGCCACGGUGGGAUUCGAACGUACGACCUUUGGAAUACUAGCCCAAUGCUCUUCCAACUGAGCUACGCGGUUAGAACACAUUGAUAUCGAAGGAACUAGAUACUGUUCCGAAAUAUCACUUACUCGAACCGUCCUGACCGCGUAGCUCAGUUGGAAGAGCAUUGGGCUAGUAUUCCAAAGGUCGUAGGUUCGAAUCCCACCGUAGCCGGGCAUAUUUUUCAAGCUCGCCCGGUGUGGGUAUGCACUCAGAGUAACAUCGCAAACAUAUUAUUCACCUGAGUACACAACACCAACACAGAAAAAAAAUUCAUAUUACUUAUAUCCAAUAGGCAAUUCCAGCUUUUAGUUUAUGCGUGCAGGGUACGAUGGAAAGUAAGGUAUCACAUUGCUGACUAUGCUGAAAAAAUAAGAAUGGUGGCCGUGUAAACACGGAGUGAUAGCUUAUACUUGUAAAUAUUGAAAUAUUUCGGUUGUUUUGGUAGUUUUUAUUGACAUUUUUCAGCGUAAUCAGUAAUAUGAUACCUUACUUCCCAUCAUCCCCUGCAGGCAUAAACUAAAAGCUGGAAUUGCCUAUUAAAUCUAUCCAAUAGGAACCGUUCAUUUAAGCCUGUCAAAAAUUCAAAUUGGGUUAUAACUAGGGAUAUGAUUUAUCGAAUGUUGUGAAUUCGAUGGCAGGAAUUCUGUCUGGUGCAGCGGUUGUAUUUCCCUUCAAAGUUGUGUUUGAAUCUUUGAAUUUCUUUCGUCCGAGUCAUUCGUGUCUAAAAGUCUCUUCGUGUUCCAACUGUUUCUAUCCUUAUGUGGACAUUUAGUCGGAGAUGUGCUUUCUUGCAUCAUGGCGCUCACACGUUUAGCUCUCUUCUUUCUCAUCCUUUCCUUCCCAAGCAACGACUCGUACAACGCAUUUCUGAGCACGCGAUUCAACCAGUAAUAGAUGAGCGGAUUCACGCACGAAUUUAGAAACGUCAUCAGUUUCACGACCGCAUUGAAUAUCGGUUUGACGCUCUUGAACGCUGGCAUGAAGCAGUGCGGGCACACCAUUUGGAUAAAGUAAUAAAACGUCGAGGGACCCCAGCAUAGGACGAAAACGCCGACUACCAAACCCAGCGUGCGGGUUAUAUCGCGUUCGCGUUUUAGGGUGUUUUUAUCUCGCAGUUCCGUUGCGGGCUGCCAAUCGUACUGCGGGCUGGUUGGGUUGUUUCCUUUUGCUAACAAUUCCAACUUCCGUUUUCGAGAGUAUCGUAGCGCAAAGCUGACUGUGUAAAUAUGACAGAACAACAUGAUCAAAAAUGGAGUGAAGACGUUCAUACCGAUAACCAUUAAACUCCAUUCUCGCGUCGGAUCGUAAAUGCACGGUUCGUCGUCGGUGCCUCUUCGCCAAAAGAACGGCAGGACGGAGACGAUUGCGGCGUCGAGCCACGAUCCUACCAGGAAAGCGGUCAUCUUUCGCUUCGUUAACCAUGUCCUAGG